AUGGAAUCGCCUUUCGCAAUCCCGCCUGCGCAUAUAGGGAUUUCGCAAGCCCGCUUGCCAGUACCGAAAUACGUAUCCCGAAAAUUCACAGGAAAUAAUCCUCGAAAUUCGUCAAAGUGCAAAAUAAAAGCUAGUCCCCAGUCGAACAACCGAAAAGAAGUGCCUGAAGAGAGCAUGUCAACAGGUCGUCGGAGAUAUGGCAGGGUUGAGUGCAACGAAGAUAAGAAGAAGGUUCAGGUCUUCACGUGCGGGUUUUUUCCAAGAGUCACGUCGCAACGACUGCUACUGUCCUUGCCGGCCAUUUUGCUGCUUCUGGAGGCGAAGAUCGACAGAGAUUUGUGGAAGGGCGUCUGUGUCGGCGGUUGCAGCUUCAGUAUGACUGUUUCCGAGAAGAAACCAAACGAAAACAUACCUGUCUCUCUCCAUGAUCUAUCGCCAGAGUCGCCGAUCAUCGAAGAACUGCCAGAAUCCGGUCGCCUCAGUAACGCGAUGAAAAAGCAC